GAAUUCUGGACGUAUAACAUAGUGACAUGUUGCGGCUACCCUUUAAAUGUUGUCGAUUCUAUGCAAACUGAAAGUUCGGAAACAGAGGGUCGAUCUGCUCUUAAUAUUAUUCUUGAGGGCAGUAAUAGUGAACACUUGGAUAUGUUGAAGGGGGGAGUCAUUCAAAAACUCUUAGAAGAAAAGUGGAAAACAUUUGGACACGUUAGAAUAGCUGCUGAAAUCAUAUCAAUUAAUUCAAGUCUGCCUCAAAUCAUAUUUCUGUCAUCAAAUAUACUCAUUGUUUUCUGUAUCUUCUGUCGAUUAUUUGAGAGUUCAUACCUCGAAGAAGUACUAUUAAUAUUGGCACUGCCCUCAGCCUGGUUCAUCUUAAUGUUCUUUGCUGCUUACUAA